AUGCCUCAGAACGAGUAUAUGGAAAGAUGGCGAAAGCUACACGGUCGCCGUCUUGAUCAUGAGGAACGAGUUCGCAAGCGUACCGCCCGUGAGGGCCACAAGGCUUCUCAGGAUGCCCAGAAUCUGCGCGGUCUCCGAGCCAAGCUGUACCAGCAAAAGCGACACAAGGAGAAGAUUCAGAUGAAGAAGGCCAUCAAGGCGCACGAGGAGCGCAACGUCAAGACCGCCGACGAGAAGGAGCCCACAACCCCUAUGCCCUCUUAUCUGCUGGACCGCACAAACCCCUCGACUGCCAAGGCCCUCAGCAGCGCCAUCAAGAAUAAGCGAGCUGAGAAGGCGGCCAAGUUUGCCGUUCCCCUGCCCAAGGUACGAGGUAUCAGCGAGGAGGAGAUGUUCAAGGUUGUCAAGACCGGUAAGAAGAUCCAGAAGAAGGCCUGGAAGCGUAUGGUCACCAAACCUACCUUUGUCGGACCCGACUUCACUCGACGUAACCCCAAGCACGAGCGCUUCAUUCGACCUAUGGGUCUCCGUUAUAAGAAGGCCAAUGUCACACACCCCGAGCUUGGUGUCACUGUCCAGCUCCCCAUCAUCAGCGUCAAGAAGAACCCCCAGAACCCUCUUUACACCCAGCUGGGUGUUUUGACCAAGGGUACCGUUAUCGAGGUCAACGUCAGCGAACUUGGUCUCGUGACCGCCGGUGGAAAGGUCGUCUGGGGUCGCUAUGCCCAGGUUACUAACAACCCGGAGAACGAGGGCUGCAUCAACAGUGUCUUGCUGGUGUAA